AUAAGGAAUUAUGUUAACUCACCGUCCACAUGCAAGUUUAGCAUUUUACACAUGGAAACAUGGCUGUGUUCAUGGACUUGAAUAUUAGCUACAAAACCGACAAGAAACGACUUCAGAGUGUUAUUGAAACAGCAGCUCACCGUAACUAUGUUUUAUUAUCUUGGUCACAUUUGCUAAAUUGUUUAACUAGCUUCCACUAACCUCAUAAAGAAUACCAUGGCUCUCAACUUGGCUAGCUGGCUAGCAGCUCGCCGUAAAUAGCUGUUUUAUCUUGUUUACGUUUGCAAAACUGUUUAGCUAGCACUAACUUCAGAUUCGCUGAAUCGUCUUUGCUAACUUCUAGGCUAGGCAGCCAUAUAUGUAGCAGGACCAGAGCUAGCUAAAAUAUGUCUUGAUUGAUUUGCUUAUCAAGUAGCUAAUGUUUUCAUGUUUCAGUUGGAUACUCCACAGUUGCCAUCAAUUAUGUGGUUGAUUUGCAACAAAAGAAACAGGUAAGCUCCUCAGUGUUCCCAGUUAAUGAGUGAGGAAGUCAAAGAUAACUAUUCCUCACCCUUGUUAACGUUUGUUUGCUUAUGUUUACAGGAAAUUGGCAAACCAAAAUGUGUCUCAGAGCUGUUUGAUACAUUUCCCAUAGUGCAGGUAAUGUGGCAUAAUAAUAAUGUUGACACAUAAUGUUAUACUUUUUCAUGAUGCUACCUAUCCCAUUUCUCCGUGCAUUGGGAAUCGGGAUAAUAGGUAAUAUCCCUUUCCUUUUGCACAGGGUAAAUCCAGACCAAUCAAGGUGUUAAACCGACUGACAGUUGUGGCCUCUGACCCAUCACACUUUGUGAGUCCAAUAUGCUGUAGAAGUUUGAACAUUUGCUGACAGUAUUCAUAUUGCAUAAUUUCUCAAAUAACUACAUCUAUCCCUUUCCAGAGACCAACUGCAGAGUACAAAGCCUAUGACUUGGUGGCUGUCUAUCCUAAAACAGAGAAGUUGUUUCAUGUUAGUACUUUUGUUCAGGAUCAUUAUCACUGUGUAUUACCAUCCACUACUAACAAUGUAUGUUAGGAAUAGGAUGACCUUCUGCUAAUUUUGGCCUUCUACUUGUUUCAAUAGGCAGCCUGCAUGACAUUUGAUGUUGACAUCAUUUGUGUAGCAGUGACAGAAAAACAACCCUUCUUCUUCAAAAGAUCUCCAGUAAAUGGGGUAAGUAUCUAUAUUUCUCAGUAUUUGAAUUAACAACUUACUUUGUAGUGAUUUGGAGACUUGCCUACAACUUGUUUGUUUUGGUUGGACUGGAUACUUCUUAUGUAGUAAAAGUGAUAUUACUUGUGCUUGUGUAAGGCAAUUGAAAGAGGUGUGUUCUUUGAGAUAAGUUAUACACCUGCUAUUCGAGACUCCACCAUGAGAAGAUACACCAUCGCAAAUGCCAUCAGUCUCAUGGAGACGUGCAAAGGAAAGGUAUAUCAACUCAUCAUGGUUUAUUGUUCACUUCUUAAUCCACCUACUAUUUUCAAACAGUACGUGUAACAGCAAUGUUUUUUUAUUCAAACAGAAUGUAAUUGUGACCAGUGGGGCAGAAAAGGUAAGAUAGAAAUGAGAUAUUGUCUUACCCUCUUAGAUACCAAUCAUAUGAAGAUUGAGCAUGUUAACAUCUUUCUGAAAUGAACCUUACCAAUGUAAAUGUUUUUUGUCUCUCAUUCUCAUUCAGCCCCUUGAGUUGAGAGGACCCUACGACAUUGCCAACUUGUAUCCUUUCAUAAAACAUUACCUACCUACUACAGUACUUGAUGUAGGCUGCUAGAAUAUGGUACAUACUAUAUGCAGGUGUGAUGAGGCUAACCUGUGUUAUUGCUAUUAUCCUGAAUGGUGACCAGAGGCCUACUGUUUGGGCUGUCAGAAGGAGAUGGCAAAGCUGCGAUCUCCACCAACUGUCGAGCUGUCCACUUACAUGGAGGUAAAUAGGCUGCUGGUUUUUACACAUUGGUCGAUCAAUUUAAUACAUUGUGUCAAAUGUCAUAUGCCAUGUAUCUUCACUUGGUUUUCAAGGGCAAGUGAAUAGCCCAUCCAUGGAAUGUGAAUGUUGUGACUAUCAUGUAACACAAUGUGUAAUUUAACUACAUUUAUUACUUGGGUAUCAGUCUCAAGUCAAUAUUUGUGGGCGGCACAAGAUAACCAAUUUAUGUUCCGUGUUGUCAUUACAGAAACAAGAAAGACUGCCUUGGGUAUCGUACACACUAUGAAGAAAGACCAGUUGACUGAGAGACAGGAGGAAGAGCAUGUUCCAGCAUCAAAGAGGGCUAAGAUUGAGACUGUGUAGAUUGGUAAUACUGUAUAAAGUGGUGGCUUGUUUUGAUUUUGAUACUGUUUAUUUAUGGAAAGAGAAUAUGUUUAUGUAAAUCGCCUUUUAUGGAUAUAUACUCCUUAUUUGUAGACUAUUGUUUUGUGACAUUUUCUUUUAUAUUAAAGAGAAUUUUGAAAUGUAUUGGAUUCAAAGUCAAUUUGUUCAAGUUAAUUUAAACUACAAUCUGAUGCAUAACUGAACCAAUCAGAGAACUUGCCUUGUCCUAUCCAACAACCGGAUGCGAGAAAUAAAAACGUUAUGUCCCAUAAGGCAUUUCGGUCAACUCACAUGGAAACAUGGCUGUAUUCAUGGACUUGAAUAUUAGCUACACAACCGACAAAAAACGACUUCAGAGUGUUAUUGAAACAGCAGCUCAUCGUAAUUAUGUUUUAUCUUGUUCCAUUUGCAAAACUGUUUAGCUAGCACAAACUUCAAAGAUAUUGACAUCGUCUUUCGUUGCUAACUUCAAGGGCUGGGCAAUGGCAUUACUGGCAGCAGCUGUUGUUGUUGCGCGAUGGACCAGAGCUAGCUGAACUAUGUCUUGAUUGAUUUGUACUAAUCCAUUGAUGUUUUCAUGUCUCAGUUGGAUACUCCACCGUUGCCAUUAAUUAUGUGGUUGAUUUGGAACAAAAUAAACAGGUAGGCUACUGAUUGUACCCAGUUAUGACUCAUCAUGAAGUCAAGAGGUCUAUCCUUGUACAUAUCCCAGUGAGUGACUGUCAACCUUGUUGUUUGCGUAUGUUUACAGGAAAUUGGCAAACCGAAGUGUGUGUCUGAGCUUUUUAAUACAUUUCCCAUAGUGCAGGUAAUGUGGUGUAAUAAUAAUGUUGCUACAUUAUGUAAUAUUGUUGAAGCUAGCUAUCCCAUUUCUCCAUACCUUGGGAUAAUUACAGUGCAUUCAGAAAGUAUUCACAACCCCUCGACUUUUACACAUUUUGUUGUCUUGCUGCCUGAAUUUAAAAUGGAUUAAAUUGAGAUGUCACUGGCCUACACACAAUACCCAAUAAUGUCAAAGUGGAAUUAUGUUUUUCAAAAUUGUUACAAAUGAAAAGAUGAAAUGUCUUGAGUCAAUAAGUAUUCAACACUUUUGUAAAGGCAAGCCUAAAUAAGUUCAGGAGUAAAUAUUUGCUUAACAAGUCACAUAAUACGUUGCAAUAAUAAUAUUUAACAUGAUUUUUGAAUGACUACCUCAUCUCUGUACCCCUCAUACAUGUAUCUGUAAAGUCCCUCAGUCGAGCAUUGAAUUUCGAACACAGAUUCAACCACAAAGACCAGGGAAGUUUUUUAAUGCCUUGCAAAGAAGGGCACCGAUUGGUAGAUGGUUUAUUUUUAUUUUUUAAAGCAGACAUUGAAUAUCCUGUUGAGAACGGUGAUGUUACUAUUAUAUUUUGGAUGGUGUAUCAAUCACCCAGUCACUACAAAGAUACAGGCUUCCUCCCUAACUCAGUUGCAGGAGAGGAAGCAAACUGCUCAGGGAUUUCAUGAGGCCAAUGGUGACUUUAAAACAGUAACAGAGUUUAAUGGCUGUGAUAAGAGAAAACUGAUGAUGAAUCAACAACAUUUUAGUUACUCCACAAUACUAACCUAAAUGACAGAGUGAAAAGAAGGAAUACAAAUAUUACAAAACCUGCAUCCUAUUUGCAACAAGGCACUAAAGUAAAACUGCAAAAAAUGUGGCAAAGUAAUGUACUUUAUGUCCUGAAUACAAAGUGUUAUGUUUGGGGCAAACAACACAAGUACCACUCUUCAUAUUUCCAAGCAUUAUGGUGGCCUGCAUCAUGGUAUGGGUAUGCUUGUCAACGGCAAGGACUAGGGAGUGUUUUACGAUAAAAAGAAACGGAAUAUAGCUAAGCAUGUGCAAAAUCUUAGAGGAUAACCUGGUUGUCUGCUUUCAAACAGGCACUGGGAGACAAUAACCUAAAACACAAGGCCAAAUGUACACUGGAAUUGCUUACCAAAACGACUUUGAAUGUUCCUGAGUGGCCUAGUUACAGUUUUGACUUAAAUCGUCUUGAGAAUCUAUGGCAAGACUUGAAAAUACUUUUCUGAAGGCACUGUAUGUCCCCCUCAUUUUGUACAGGGUAAAUCCAGACCAAUCAAGGUGUUGAACCGACUGACAGUUGUGGCCUCAAGGGCAGCACACUUUGUGAGUCCAAUAUACAGUAGAAGUUUGAACAUUUGCUGACAGUAUUCAUAUUGCAUAAUUUCUCAAAUAGGCCUAAUGUAAUUUAUCCUUUCCCAGAAACCAUUAAGAGAGUACAAAGCCUAUGACUUAGUGGCUGCCUAUCCUAAAACUGAGAAGUUGUUUCAUGUAAGUACAUUUGUUCAGCACCGUCAACAAAAUGUACUGUAUUAUUGUUGACUACACUGGCAAUGUAUGGAUGACUUUCUGCUAAUGUUGGUAUUCUCUUUGUUUCAAUAGGCAGCCUGCAUGGAAUUUACUAUUGACAUCAUCUGUGUAGCAGUGACAGAAAAACUGCCCUUUUUUUUCAAAAGAUCUUCAGUCAGUGGGGUAAGACCCUUGCUCUCUGUGUAUUUGAAUGAACAGAUUGAUUGGUCAUUUGUAAGUGAUAUACAGUAGGUAAUGUAUGUUGUGCUUGUAUCAGGCAAUUGAAAGGGGUGUGUUUUUUGAGAUAAGUUACACACCUGCAAUCCGAGACUCCACCAUGAGAAGAUACACCAUUGCAAAUGCUCUCAGUCUUAUGGAGACGUGCAAAGGAAAGGUAAAUAGACCCAACAUGGUUCAACUUCACUUCACCUGUCAAUCAACCUGCCAUUUUCAUACAGUCCGUGUAACAGCAAUGUUUUUUUUAACAGAAUGUAAUCGUGACCAGUGGGGCAGAAAAGGUAUCUUACCCACUUAGAUACCAGUCAUACCAUGAGCAUUGAACAUACUGAUAUUAACAUCUUGCUGAAAUUAACCAUACUACUGUAAAUGUGUGUUUUGUUCAAUCAGCCCCUUGAGUUGAGAGGACCCUACGACAUUUCCAAUUUGUAUCCUUUCUUAAACAUUACCUACAGUUGAAGUCAGAAGUUUACAUACACCUUAGCCAAAUACAUUUAAACUCAGUUUUUCACAAUUCCUGACAUUUAAUCCUUGUAAAAAUUCCCUGUUUUAGGUCAGUUAGGAUCACCACUUUAUUUUAAGAAUUUGAAAUGUCAGAAUAAUAGUAGAGAGAGUAUUUCUGCUUUUAUUUCUUAAAUCACAUUGGUAUCAUUGCCUUUAAAUUGUUUAACUUGGGUCAAACGUUUUCGAGUAGCCUUCCACAAACUUCCCACAAUACGUUGGGUGAUUUUUGGCCCAUUCCUCCUGACAGAGCUGGUGUAACUGAGUCAGGUUUGUAGGCCUCGUUGCUCGCACACGCUUUUUCAGUUCUGCCCACACAUUUUCUAUAGGAUUGAGGUCAGGGCUUUGUGAUGGCCACUCCAAUACCUUUACUUUGUUGUCCUUAAGCCAUUUUGCCACAACUUUGGAAGUAUGCUUGGGGUCAUUGUCCAUUUGGAAGACCCAUUUGCGACCAAGCUUUAACUUCCUGACUGAUGUCUUGAGAUAUUGCUUCAAUAUAUCCACAUAAUUUUACUUCCUCAUAAUGCCAUCUAUUUUGUGAAGUGCACCAGUCCCUCCUGCAGCAAAGCACCCCCACAGCAUGAUGCUGCCCCACCCCCGUGCUUCACGGUUCGGAUGGUUUUCUUCGGCUUGCAAGCCAUCCCCCUUUUUCCUCCAAACAUAACGAUGGUCAUUAUGGCCAAACAGUUCUAUUUCUGUUUCAUCAGACCAGAGGACAUUUCUCCAAAAAGUACGAUCUUUGUCACCAUGUGCAUUUGCAAACCGUAGUCUGGUUUUUUUAUGGCGGUUUUGGAGCAGUGGCUUUGUCCUUGCUGAGCGGCCUUUCAGGUUAUGUCGAUAUAGGACUAGUUUUUACUGUGGAUAUACAGUGGGGAGAACAAGUAUUUGAUACACUGCCGAUUUUGCAGGUUUUCCUACUUACAAAGCAUGUAGAGGUCUGUCAUUUUUAUCAUAAGUACACUUCAACUGUGAGAGACAGAAUCUAAAACAAAAAUCCAGAAAAUCACAUUGUAUGAUAUUUAAGUAAUUAAUUUGCAUUUUAUUGCAUGACAUAAGUAUUUGAUCACCUACCAACCAGUAAGAAUUCCGGCUCUCACAGACCUGUUAGUUUUUCUUUAAGAAGCCCUCCUGUUCUCCACUCAUUACCUGUAUUAACUGCACCUGUUUGAACUCGUUACCUGUAUAAAAGACACCUGUCCACACACUCAAUCAAACAGACUCCAACCUCUCCACAAUGGCCAAGACCAGAGAGCUGUGUAAGGACAUCAGGGAUAAAAUUGUAGACCUGCACAAGGCUGGGAUGGGCUACAGGACAAUAGGCAAGUAGCUUGGUGAGAAGGCAACAACUGUUUUGGCGCAAUUAUUAGAAAAUGGAAGAAGUUCAAGAUGACGGUCAAUCACCCUCGGUCUGGGGUUCCAUGCAAGAUCUCACCUCGUGGGGCAUCAAUGAUCAUGAGGAAGGUGAGGGAUCAGCCCAGAACUACACGGCAGGACCUGGUCAAUGACCUGAAGAGAGCUGGGACUACAGUCUCAAAGAAAACCAUUAGUAACACACUACGCCAUCAUGGAUUAAAAUCCUGCAGCGCACGCAAGGUCCCCCUGCUCAAGCAAGCGCAUGUCCAGGCCCAUCUGAAGUUUGCCAAUGACCAUCUGGAUGAUCCAGAGCAGGAAUGGGAGAAGGUCAUGUGGUCUGAUGAGACAAAAAUAGAGCUUUUUGGUCUAAACUCCACUCGCCGUGUUUGGAGGAAGAAGAAGGAUAAGUACAACCCCAAGAACACCAUCCCAACCGUGAAGCAUGGAGGUGGAAACAUCAUUCUUUGGGGAUGCUUUUCUGCAAAGGGGACAGGACGACUGCACCGUAUUGAGGGGAGGAUGGAUGGGGCCAUGUAUCGCGAGAUCUUGGCCAACAACCUCCUUCCCUCAGUAAGAGCAUUGAAGAUGGGUCGUGGCUGGGUCUUCCAGCAUGACAACGACCCGAAACACAGCCAGGGAGUGGCCUAGCCAGUCUCCAGACCUGAACCCAAUAGAAAAUCUUUGGAGGGAGCUGAAAGUCCGUAUUGCCCAGCGACAGCCCCGAAACCUGAAGGAUCUAGAGAAGGUCUGGAUGGAGGAGUGGGCCAAAAUCCCUGCUGCAGUGUGUACAAACCUGGUCAAGACCUACAGGAAACGUAUGAUCUCUGUAAUUGCAAACAAAGGUUUCUGUACCAAAUAUUAAGUUCUGCUUUUCUGAUGUAUCAAAUACUUAUGUCAUGCAAUAAAAUGCAAAUUAUUACUUAAAAAUCAUACAAUGUGAUUUUCUGGAUUUUUGUUUUAGAUUCCGUCUCUCACAGUUGAAGUGUACCUAUGAUAAAAAAUUACAGACCUCUACAUGCUUUGUAAGUAGGAAAACCUGCAAAAUCGGCAGUGUAUCAAAUACUUGUUCUCCCCACUGUAGAUACUUUUGUACCUGUUUCCUCCAGCAUCUUCACAAGGUCCUUUGCUGUUGUUCUGGGAUUGAUUUGCACUUCUCGCACCAAAGUACGUUCAUCUCUAGGAGACAGAACACGUCUCCUUCCUGAGCGGUAUGACGGCUGCGUGGUCCUAUGGUGUUUAUACUUGCGUACUAUUUUUUGUACAGAUGAACGUGGUACCUUCAGGCAUUUGGAAAUUGCUCCCAAUGAUGAACCAGACUUGUGGAGGUCUACAAUUUUUUUUCUGACGUCUAGGCUGAUUUCUUUUGAUUUUCCCAUGAUGUCAAGCAAAUAAGCACUGAGUUUGAAGGUAGGCCUUGAAAUACAUCCACAGGUACACCUCCAAUUGACUCAAAUGAUGUCAAUUAGCCUAUCAGAAGCUUCAAAAGCCAUGACAUCAUUUUCUGGAAUUUUCCAAGCUGUUUAAAGGCACAGUCAACUUAGUGUAUGUAAACUUCUGACCCACUGGAAUUGUGAUAUAGUGAAAUUGAAGUGAAAUAAUCUGUCUGUAAACAAUUGUUGGAAAAAUGACUUGUGUCAUGCGCAAAGUAGAUGUCCUAACCGACUUGCCAAAACUAUAGUUUGAUAACAAGAAAUUUGUGGAGUGGUUGAAAAACGAGUUUUAAUGACUCCAACCUAAGUGUAUGUAAACUUCUGACUUCAACUGUAGCUAGUACAGUACUUGAUCUAGGCUUCUAGAAUAUGGUACAGUAUUACAGAUAGACUAUAUGCAGGUGUGAUGAGGCCAACCUGUGUCACUGCUAUUAUCCUGAAUGUAUUCAGAGGCCUACUGUUUGGCCUGUCAGAAGGAGAUGGCAAAGCUGCGAUCUCCACCAACUGUCGAGCUGUCCACUUACAUGGAGGUAAAUAGGCUGCUGUUUUUACACAUUGGUCGAUCAAUUGAAUACAUUGUGUCAAAUGUCAUAUGCCAGGCAGGUAUGUACACUUGGUUACAAGGCCAAGUAAGAGUAGGCCAUCCAUGGAAUGUGAAUGUUGUGAUUAUCAUGUAACACAAUGUGUCAUUGAACAACAUUUAUUACUUGUCUAUCAUUCUCAAAGCAGUGUUUGUGCCACAAGGAAAUCAAUUAAUAUGCAGUGUUGUCAUUACAGAAAAGAGAAAGACUGCCUUGGGUAUAGUACACACUAUGAAGAAUGAGCAGCCUUUGACUGAGAGACAGGAGAAAGAGGAUGUUCCAGCAUCAAAGAGGGCUAAGAUUGAGAUGGCGAAGUAGAAAGUAAUCACUUGUUUGAAUUGUAAUACUUUUUCUUCAUGGAUAGAGAAUGUGUUUAUGUAAAUGCACUUUUAUGAAUAUCCUUAUUUGUGGAAAUGUGACUGUUUUCUAAUAACUGGUCAGUGGUCAUGUAGUUUGUCAUGGAUUAGCAACUAUGAUGAUGCUUGUUCCUUUUAGACAUAGCAAACAAAUUCAGAUGGCAACGGCAAUGCUGUUUAUUUCAUAACGUAAUGUAAAAUAAUAAGCAAAAUGUUAAAGGUAAACAUGUAGUAGAACAAUUAAAAUUACUUCAGGAAGUGCAUUAGAAUCAUACAAGCAUUUUCAAAUCCUGUAUUCUCACUGACUACCACUAAAUCAGUUUGAAGCCACCAGCUCACUGUUCUUUUAUAUUAAAGAGAAAUUAAGAAUAUAUUGAUUCAAAGUAUUUAUUUCAACAAUUAAACUACAAUUUAGUACUUAACUGAAUGCAUAGUAUAGACAUGCUGAUGUCAUAAGUCAAGUCCCAUCUACAUUUUCCAAACUUUCAACUUUCUCUUUCCCCAUAUAGUUAUUUGUCAACCUUUUCAACCUUCUUGAGCAUCUCAGACCUCCAAUAAACUGCAUAUAAAGAAACAAACAUCCUUAGAAGCAAAUGCAAAGUUACUUGUUUCAGCACAAACCUCUGCUAGUUCGCAAGAAAUGACUCCGGUCUUGAAGUCAGCCUAGCGUUCAUUGAAACCUUGGAAGCUGUAUGUCCAUAAUCAACAGAUAGACUCACUUUGACAACCACUCUCCACAAAGGAACU